UUCACAGCCAUGGCUACAACAACAACAAAGAAGAAGCGACUCAACUAUACAGAGGAGUCGAUGAUUGCUGCAUAUGACAGUGUCAGCAAAGGGAUGAAGUUGAGAGAGGCUGCACGGACUCACGGUGUGCCUUACCCUACCUUGAGAGCACGAGUCAAUGGUCAGCCAUCCUUGAGACAGAUUGACAGGACUGUACUUAGCCGCGAAAAAGAGAAUCAACUCACUGAGUGGCUGACAGAGUCGUCAAGGCGGGGAUUCGGGCGGACAAAGGAGCAGCUGCUGUCAACUGUCCAAAAAUGCCUGAACAGUAAGGCAGAGACCACCGUCUUCAAGGACAACAUGCCUGGGGAGAAGUGGUACCGUCUGUUUCGUAAGCGUCAUGAGAACAAGCUCAGCCUUCGGACUCCCCAGGCACUUGGCUCACUGAGGGCUGCUGUCAGCGAGUACAAGAUUGUCGCCUGGUUCCAGAAGGCAAAAGAAGACAUCAGUCAGAUAGACCCUACUGUGUUGGAAUGCCCUGAGAGACUCUUCAACUGUGACGAGUCAGGGUUUCAGCUGGGAGGAGGGGUGAAGAAGGUGUUGGCGGCAAAAACAGACAAACGAGUCUACCAGGUGACCAACGACACACACAAACAGGUGACAGUUCUUGUUUGCGGCAACGCCCUGGGUGAGCUCCAAGCUCCCCUUCUUAUCUUCCCUGGCCAGCGCUUCACCUACGACCCUCUCGAGGGCUUUGAGGAGGCUCAUAUGGCCAAGUCAGGUAAUGGGUGGAUAGACAGUGAGAUUUUCGCCAGGUGGAUGGAGUCUGCUUUCUGUCCUGCUGUCGCACAUCUCCAGAAACCUGUCGUACUCUUUGCUGAUGGCCACAGCACUCACCUGACCCUGGAGAUCCAUGAGAUUUGCCGGUCUCAUGGCAUCAUUCUGUAUCAACUGCCCAGCCAUUCAAGCCAUAUCGUUCAACCGCUGGACCUGACCAGCUUUAAAAACCUCAAACGAGCGUGGUAUGAGGAAGUGAUGAAGUACCAGGAGGACAACUCGGACACCUUGUCAAAACAACAUUUCGCCAAAGUUUUCAAGAGAGCUUGGGAAAGGCGGGGACAUGAUGGGGAUGUUCUGGUAAGUGGGUUCAGGGCUUCUGGCAUCUGCCCCUGGAACCCUGAUCGCUUUGACAGGACUAAACUGGCACCUCACAGGCUGUUCCAGACAGUGCAGACAGUCGACUCUACAGUGACAGCCGAGACAAAUGGACCAACAGUGACAGAACAGACGUACGAACCGACAAUGGCAGAACUGACGAAUGAACCGACAAUGACACUACCGGUACAGACAAACGAACUGACGAUGGCAGAUGCAGAACAUGAGAGCGAACCGACGAUGACAUUACAGACUGACGAACUGACAAUAGAAAAUGAGAACGAAACGACAGUGACUGAGGAGCCAAUGGAGAUGGAGUGAACCGAAAUUAACCAGACUGAAACAACAACAGACACUGACGUUGGACCAUCCGUAGCCUCCCAUGACCAUAACAUAACUGUCCAGACUGCCUUUGACAGACUGCUACUUUUGACAGCCCGAGCAGGAAGCAGUGGCCUGGUACACUACCUGACCUGCUAUGACCUUGACAAGACGACAGACGAGCCAGAGCAGCAGCUUUUUUCAAAGUUAUAUGGCCUUAUACAGACCCAACUGGCGACUGGACUGACUGACACUAACAAAGACAAGACUGCCCACAGACCAACUUUUGACAGCCUUCCUCUUCCAGCUCGCUGGGGCAGGAAUAAACGGACAGUCAUUGACCCACCUAAGAUGGUGUCCUCUGACGA